AUGACAGGAGGCCGAUAUCAGAUUGCACCAGACGGACCCAGUGGGAGUCACACAGAACGCUUAAGUGCUCCAGAUGUGGGUAUCAAUCAUGGCAAACGAAACGACAUGGUCCAAACUCGGGUGAUAUCUUCUGGCAGCCGCUCAUCACGCAUGCCGGAAGUAUCGCCUGGAGUCGUGGUCAAUGAAGAUGUCCUAAAAGAAGAGCAAUGGCAAACUUGCCUACCAGCAGACAACGUAGAUGAAGAAGCUUCAGUGAGGUUCAGCAAAGCUAAGGUUGCUCACCAAAGAGACCUGCAAGCUACAAGUACCACGGAAGAAACUUGUUGUGUCUUUGGGUGCUGUGUCCGAGGUCCAAGCAAGAAAUAUCUAUGGGAAAUGCAUAGGAAGAGUGAACAGAAUGUUCAUGCUGUACACCAACGCAUGAAGCGUUAG